AUGGCUCUCAUCAAUAUCUUCGCUCAUCCCUACGCCACGGUGUGCGACUUGUAUUGUGGUGACUCCGACGCUGAUAAAUGGGUCGACGCACAAAUUGGCCACUACAUUGGAAUUGACGCUUCUACGUCUGGGAUAGAGCAAAUGCGAGAAGCUUGGGAGAGUCAAAGGAAAUCUUACACUGCUGAGUUCUUCGAGGUUGACCCUUCCGCGGAGAAUAUAGAAACACAUUUGGAGGAGAAGAUCAAUGGGGCGGAUGUUGUUUGCUGUUUGCAGCAUUUGCAGUUGUGUUUUGAGACUGAAGAGAAAGCACGGAAACUACUGCAUAAUGUGGCAUCUCUGCUGAAACCCGGGGGUUAUUUUCUUGGUAUUACUCCUGACUCAUCUACCAUAUGGGCCAAGUACCAGAGGAAUGUUGAAGCCUACCACAAUAAAAGCAGCAGCAUGAAGCCAAACAUUGUUCCCAACUGCAUCCGGACAGAAAAUUACAUGAUUACUUUUGAAGUUGAAGAAGAAAAUUUGGCCAGGGAAGCUGGCCUUGAGUAUGUGGAGAUUCAAAACUUGACGGAGUUUUAUGACGACAACAGAGCACAAUUAGCAGGUCUGCUAACACACUACGUUCCAAACCUCUUGGAUUCGAGGGGGAGACUUCUUCCACGUUCAUACGAUGCGCUAGGUCUCUAUACUACAUUUAUAUUUCAAAAGCCCGACCCAGAAAUUGCACCCCCAGUUGCGACUCCAUUAUUGCAAGAUGCGAGUUAUAAUCACGAUGAGCAGGCACCCGGUUGUGGAGAAGAUGAAAUAAUAAAUGGUCAUGUAGAACCCGCCAUUGGGCUAGGCAAGAUAAGCGAACAGAAAGGGAUAUUGGGCCCAGGCCCAGCAGAUUUACGUUUUCCAGAAGCACUUUGA